CUUCCCUUCUUUCCUUCUUUUCUCUCUCUUCUUCUUCUCCUCUUUCCCUCUUCCACCCACUUUCCAACUCGUCCACCUUUCAGGUUUUUCUCAUCGCCAUCUCAUCAGCGUUGCAACGCUCUUGCGUAUUGAAAGCUCUCUCCGCCAGGCUAUUACUUUCGCCUGCUGGUUUCCCACACGUUUUGUUCACGCUCAAACCACUCUGAAGAACCACGCGUUGGUUUCUCUCUCUUCCUGCCGGAGAAAGCCACUGAAAAACAGAGUCGGUCGAGAACUUGUCUAUGUAUUCGUCCUGCGUCAGAGAUCUCGAUCACCACCUGCCGCUCAAGCUGCAAUCGUUUCGCUUCACGUCGAAACCUUGUAGUAUACAUUCGAAGUCCUGUGGCUGAAAGCUAAGGGCUGCCGUAUUCGCUGUGUCCAUCAUUCGACUCAACUAAAAUAAAUUCGAUCUCAACAACCGCCAUCAUUCCACCAAAAUUAGGAAUAUUCCACGCAUGUCUUGUUUUGUCAAGAUAUUCCUGGUCCAAAAUCCCUCCCGCUUCUUCUUCAUAUAACCAUCUCGCUUAGUCUCUUGAAGAUCUCACCAAUCAACAAACCGUCAUCAUGGCCACUGUCAAUAUUCGUCGGGAUGUCUCCGAUCCCUUCUACCGUUACAAGAUGGAGCGCCUUCAGUCCAAGAUUGAGGGCAAGGGCAACGGUAUCAAGACCGUCGUCGUCAACUUGAACUCGGUCGCUCAGUCGCUCAGUCGGCCUCCGUCUUACGUGAUCAAGUACUUUGGCUUCGAGCUGGGUGCUCAGGCCAACGCCAAGCCCACCGAUGAUCGCUGGAUCAUCAACGGUGCCCAUGAUGCCCCCAAGCUUCAAGACUAUCUGGACGGCUUUAUUUCCAAGUUCGUGCUGUGCAAGAAAUGUAAGAAUCCGGAAACGGAUGUCAUCAUCAAGGAUGAGAAGAUCUUUUUGGACUGCAAGGCCUGUGGACAGCGCUCCGAGGUCGACUCCCGUCUGAAACUGAGCACCUUCAUCAUCCGCAACGGCGCGCAAGGCAAGGGAGGGAAGAAGGACAAGGCCUCGAAGAAGGCCCGUCGUGAUCGAAACAAGGAGAAGAAUGACACCGCGAAUGGCGACAAGGAUGGCAGCCCCGGAGAUAGCAACAACUCCGAGAACGGUGAUGAGGAGAACGGCGAUGUCGCCCUGGAAGCAGGUAGCGAUGACGAACUCACUCGCCGUAUCAAGGCUGGUGCCAAGGACAUCGAGGCUGAUGAGAUCGAUGAUGAUGAAUGGGCUGUUGACGUGUCGGAGGAGGCCGUCAAGGCUCGUGCCAAGGAGCUCCCCGAUGAUCUCAAGCGCUCCCUCGUUCUCGAGGAUGGUGAUGACGAGGGUGCUGACGGCCCCUCUGCCUACGACGAGCUUGGCAGCUGGAUCCUCAACGCCGCUUCUGAGAAGGGCGGUGUCACCGCUGUUAGUGACGUCGAUAUCUACAUGAAGGCCAAGGAGUACGGCAUUGAGAACAAGCACAAGACUGUCGCUGUUUUGGCUCAGACCAUCUUCGAUGAGAAGAUCGCCAAGCAGGUUCCUUCCCGUGCUGCUCUGCUGAAGAAGAUGAUCACCUCCGAGCGCCACGAGAAGGCCUUCCUCGGUGGAACCGAGCGCUUUGUCGGCAAGGAUCACCCUGAGCUCAUUAGCCAGGUCCCCGCUGUCUUGCUCAAGUAUUAUGAGCACGACCUCGUCUCUGAGGAGACCCUUAAGGCGUGGGGUUCCAAGGCUAGCAAGAAGUAUGUCGACAUCCAGACCAGCAAGAAGGUCCGCAAGGCUGCUGAACCCUUCCUCGAAUGGCUUGAGAACGCCGAGAGUGAGGAGGAGAGCGAGGAGGAGAGCGACUAGAUCAGCGACUCGGCUUGUCGCAGUCAUCUGUCUGCUCAGUAGACAAUUUUCGGGACUACUUGAUUUUUGUCGCGUGAUUGUUUCGUUUGUUCCAACUGAUCUCCGCUCUUUUCGGAUGUGACAGUUUCGCUCUGCCUAUUGUUUGUUCCAGAAGUUUGAAAUAAGCUCAUCGAAAAAACAUUAGUCUUAGGUAGCUGCCAAUAAUAUCGCUCUGCGUAUGUGUGCUAGUAAUUGUCAUUGUGUUCCCAGUAGACCACGUAAACUUUUGCUCCAAAAUCAAUAAUUAAGUAUCGCCACUUCCACAUCAACUCCGUCGCUUCGACUUUACCUUGACGAACAGAAGCCAUCAGCAUCACAUCUACGAGUCCACCAAAACCAGACAUCAUAGAGUACAUACACAAGUGGUACUAUUGUUUACCUACAAUGUCUAACACAACUUCAAACACAC